AUGCCAAAGCCAAAGCCAAACGCCGAACUUUAUGUUCGUAAUUAUCGGGGCAAAACGUCCGCUGCUGCACAUCUCAUGGGAACGAGGAUCUUGGAAAAUACAGACAGACAUGGUAUUUUGUUUGCACGUGAUGAGAAAGGGAAUUAUCUCGGGAAUCGUGAUUCGGGAUCCCAUCACAUCAGGUUAACUUACGAUGUAAAAAUUUACAUCAUCAUUCUGGAAUUAUUUGGCUGCAAGGAGCUUACAAACUGCCAAACCGCAUCAUGCCACCAUUUCCGAAUAUCAAAAUUCUCGGGCUUUGAAAAUGGAAAAUGGUAUAAGAAAGCUAAUCAAUAUACCAGAGGUACCUACCUCGUAUAUAAAAGAAGAAGAAGAAGAAGAAUCAAUUCCUUUGUGAAAUAA